GCUCCCUCCCUCCCUCCCUCCUCUCUGCGUUCGCACGUCGGCCGAGCCGCAGUCGACCCAGAGCAACACGCCACCGCGCAAACAUGUCCGAGAAGCUCCCCUUCAAAGUUGCUGACAUCAGCCUGGCCGAGUGGGGGCGCAAGGCCAUCGACAUCGCCGAGAACGAGAUGCCGGGCCUGAUGAAGAUGCGGGAGCUGUACGGCGCCUCCAAGCCGCUGAAGGGCGCUCGCAUCGCCGGCUGUCUGCACAUGACGCUGCAGACGGCCGUGCUCAUCGAGACGCUCACCGCGCUCGGAGCUGAGGUCCAGUGGUCCAGUUGCAACAUCUUCUCCACUCAGGACCACGCCGCUGCUGCCAUCGCCAAAAGCGGCGUACCGGUGUUCGCGUGGAAGGGCGAGACUGACGAGGAGUACAUGUGGUGCAUUGAGCAGACCAUCUACUUCAAAGACGGACAAGCUCUCAACAUGAUCCUGGACGACGGGGGGGACCUGACCAACCUGGUCCACAGCAAGUACCCCAAACUGCUCCAAGGCAUCCGGGGCUUGUCGGAGGAGACGACCACGGGCGUCCACAAUCUGUACAAGAUGAUGAAGAAGGGAGAGCUCAAGGUGCCCGCCAUCAACGUCAACGACUCUGUUACCAAGAGCAAAUUUGACAACUUGUACGGCUGCCGCGAGAGCCUCAUCGACGGCAUCAAGCGCGCCACCGACGUGAUGAUCGCCGGCAAGGUGGCGGUGGUGGCGGGCUACGGCGACGUGGGCAAAGGCUGCGUGCAGGCGUUGCGCGCGUUCGGGGCCCGCGUCAUCGUCACGGAGAUCGACCCCAUCAACGCCCUGCAGGCCGCCAUGGAGGGCUUCGAGGUGACCACCAUGGAUGAAGCCUGCCUGGAAGGCAACAUCUUUGUCACCACCACCGGCUGCGAGGACAUCAUCCAAGGACAUCACUUUGAGAGCAUGAAGGAUGACGCUAUCGUGUGCAACAUCGGCCAUUUUGACUGCGAGAUCGACAUGAGCUGGCUCAACGAAAACGCCGCCGAGAAGAUCAACAUCAAGCCGCAGGUGGACCGCUAUCGGAUGAAGAGCGGGCGGCACAUCAUCGUGCUGGCGGAGGGCCGGCUGGUGAAUUUGGGCUGCGCCAUGGGGCACCCCUCCUUCGUCAUGAGCAACUCCUUCACCAAUCAGGUUCUGGCUCAGAUCGAACUGUGGACCAACACGGCCAAGUACCCCGUGGGCGUCUACUUCCUGCCCAAAAAGUUGGACGAGCAGGUCGCGGCGGCGCACUUGGACAAACUUGGCGUGAAGCUGACCAAGCUGACGGAGAAGCAGGCCAAAUAUUUGGGGCUCCCCGCCGAGGGACCCUUCAAGCCCGACCACUACCGCUACUGAGGCGGGACGACGGAAGACGUUUGGCGAAGGAACCCGAGCGUCCUCCGUUAGCCUUUUUAGCCAGCUAGCGGCUCGCUGUGGCCUUAUUCCAGUUAGCGUUAGCGCUUAGCAGUUGUCGGGUCAGAGGAGAGGAGAGGACUCGACUCCCGACCAGGUCUUAAUCUUUCACUGCUGUCGUGAAUCCGAUUGGACUCGAUCGGCGACCGCGCUUUGAACUCGGACGCUCGGCGAUGAUUUACAAUAAACUCGCUCGUUUGUUCUCA